CCUUAGCGAGUCAUUUGUAUGUGUUGAGCGCUUUUCAUUUCCACACGUUACGAUAAAAGUGGGAUAAAAUCUUGAACCAGUACUGUAAUGACAAGGGCGUCGUCGUCGAAGAGGUCGUCUGGGACGGGAACAUCACGUGGUCGGGGAACCUACGCUUCCCAUGCUUGCAAUGUAUGCAGAGCCAAGAGGGUAAAAUGCGACGAGGUAAAGCCUGUCUGUGGCUUCUGUCAGGCCUCGGGACGUAACGAUGAGUGCUCAUGGACAGGCGAAAGUGCAAGACGACCAAGGACCGAGGCCCAUUACGAAGCGCUGAGAAAACGAGCAGAUGCUCUCAAAGCCUAUGCUGACCUGCUCGAGUCGUUGCUGGAGAAAUGCCGUAGAGAGCAUGGAGGAGUGUCGGAAGAGAGCAUGUCGUACCUCCAGUUCCGACCGCCGGACGCUGGGAGCGCCAUUCUGGACAAUGAAGUGCCACCGCCGCAUGACGAUGGUGUUGAUGCCAAUCAGGUCGACGGAGAGGACAUAACACGGGAGAUUUGCGUGCCUACCCGGAACCUAAAGCUGGAGGACAGUCAACUUGUUUUCUAUGGUAUUGCGGCACCGUUUCGUCUAGACCAGACUCCUGCAAAAUCUAGGGUGACCUCAAGACUUCCCGACGUUGACGACCCUAAGAAGAGCCAUGUUCUUCAAAUAUCAGAUGGUGAUGGAAAUUACUACGACCCAGAUUUCGACUGGUCGCGUCAUCUCCCAUCUGUCGUACCUCUGGAUAGGAAGGAACAUGACAGAGUUCUCGAUCUUCUCUUCAAAUUCUUUACACCGUGGUGUUUUCGUAUUGUUCCAGCACUGUUUCUUCGAGAUAUGCAUAGAGCUCUAAGCGUCCCUGCACACCAGACACCUCCGAGGACCGUCCAUUAUUCUCCCAUGCUUCACAAUGCUCUUGUGGCUUUGGCGACAGCCUUCUCGGAUGAUCCUCGGAUACGCGAUUUCAAGUCACGUAAAUACUUCGCCGAUGAGGCCAAGCGCCGGUGGGAGGACGAAUGUCGAACGCCGAACAUCAGCGUCGUACAAGCGCUUUCAAUACUAUCAAGCUUUCAUUCGACCAACGGUGACCAAACCGUCGGCUAUAUGUACUUCGGUCUCAGCGCGCGUAUCGGUCAAGCACUGGGUCUCAGCUUUGAUAGUUCGCAAUGGGUUAAAGCUGGACUUAUAUCUAAUGAUGAUAUGAUGGACCGAAACUGGGCGUACUGGACUACAUUCAGCGAAGAUGUCUGCUGGUCGGUUUACGUUGGUCGGGACUUUUGCGUCCCUCAACCAAUAGAACGACAUGUUCCGGUUUCUUUCGUCGACAGCGAAUUCGAUGAGACGCCAUGGCAUUAUCCCCCUGCUAAUAUCCCCCCGCAGCCAAAUUUCCUAUCGAGAACCCUCGCGGCGACUUGCGAGCUGAUGAUGAUAGCGAGGCAAGUUAUGGACGUUAUAAAUGGUUUGAAUCUCGUUGGCACUCGGCAGGAGAUAAGUGACGAAAUUAUCAGCAAAAUUGAUCUACAACUCCAUGAAUGGAAGAGUCGACUCUCGCCAGAAGUGGACAUAACUAUCAGCAACAAGUCGACUGCUACUCCGCAUCGUCUAAUGCUUCACCUAGCCUUUUGGUGGGUGUUCAUCCUCUUACACCGCCCAUUCUUUCAUCGUCGAAAACGCGGGUCGGACGGAGACAUCGAUCACGUCAAGAUGUGCAAGCGGGCGUCAGAAAACAUCAUGGAGCUUCUUCUUGUCUGGCGAUCGCUCUAUACUCUACGAUACGUUCCAAUGACGCUCGUGCAAGUACUGUUUUCUGCUGGAACCAUCUACUUGCUCCUCGCUGGGAAGGCCGCCUCAGGUCUUCGCGUCGCCAAGAAGGACCUUGAACGAUUUGUCUCCCAAGCCGAUCUGUGCGUUGAUUAUCUGAACGAGAUCGGAAAGUCAUGGAGCUCCGCCACAAGAAUCGGUGGAAUUUUAUCGAAUCUUUCGCAUAGACAGCUGGAUCCUUUGUUGGAGAAGAGGUCCGCGAAGCGUGCCUCAAAGCAAACGAAGCAGGAGGAGACUAAGGUUGAAAUCGAACUGGACGUUGGGACGCCUCCGACAACACAGUCUGAGGCGGGUUCGUCUGAAUCUGGGUCUUAUCAAAAUGACGUCUCGCCAAUGGCAACCGAGGCAUCUCUUCCUCAGUCCCAGUGGUUCCAAACUCAGCAUUACCACACGUCGAACAAUCAUAAUAUUAACGGUUAUGGAUCUCUUGCUGUCUCUGGAAUGUUGGGUGGCGAGCCAUUUGGCAUUGAACCCUUCGUCCCGGAUUAUAACAUGGGCUCGUAUAAUGGAUACGGAAAUGUGCCCCACAAUGAUGGCAGCAUUUCCAAUACUUUUGGACCCCAGGACUUUGCGGUCGCUUCUCCGGAGUUUUUUGGGACGUAUGAUGCUGGUACACAACGUCUAUGGGAUAUCUUGCACCGGCACCAUUCUGGUCCAAUGUGAUUACACUGGGUUGUGCGGGUUGUUGAAUACUGUAUGUUAUAGACAUUAUUUAAUUUACUACACUGUAUGUUAUUAUGCUUCCACCAGGACAUGCACUUGUAGUUUUCUCAGCCUAUGAUGCUGCUAGUAAAUACGUUAUGCUUUGUACUAGUAUUGUAAAUAUGGAGGAAAUCUAGCGAUAUUAUCAACGUCGGUGCUUGUAUGCACAUUUUUGUAUCGUAAAAAUGUUGCAAAUUCGCUAACCGAAU